UGCUCCACGUUGGAACAUGUUACCUCUCGGAGGCUCCAUUUUCCUCAGCUCUAGGAGAGCAGUGAUGAUUGAGAAUGUGCGUGUACACUGCUCAGUUGAGGUCCAGAGUACCAAGAGUAUUUAUUUCCUAGGCAGUCAUUCUAACUUGAGGUUAUUGGUAUGUAGAUGGGACGGUGACUUAGGUCAUGUGUUACCUUGACUAUUACUUUGUGCAGACAUCUGAGUGUCAACUCAGAGUUGAAGGGGCUGCUUUACUCAGCUGCUUUUGUUGAACAAAUGUCAAAUUACCGCACAAUGAUGUUUGCUGAGUCUCUUAAACCUUUCACGGGGCUUUCCGGUUCUCCCCGCCAGUGCCAUUUCUGUUAAUAGUCCCAGGCAUCCCCACUCUGGACUGUCCUUCUACCUCCCACAAAUCCCCAAAUCCUCCCGACAGGACAUCUGCACUGUGUCCCGACUACUCCACGGACCUAAAUUCCCUACUCGCUUUUUCCCUCUGACCCUCCCUGCCUGCCUCUGUUGACCCUGGGUCUUAUCUUGUCCCCUGGAGGUAUGCUAAGUGCUGUGCCAGCCUGCCUGUUUGCCUGGCCUGUUUUCUUUCACUGCCAGCACCUCUUGGAUUCCAAUUCCAAACAUGGUAUCCCUCUGGGGUCACCCUUUCUUCCGGUGCCAAGAGAUCAUGCAUUCCAAAUGGAACACAAGUGUGCCUCUCCUGCUGGCUCUCCACUCCCCACUCUGCCCGGGACGACGGAGAGCAGGAUGUGGCUGCUUCGCCCUAUGUUGCUGAAGUUCGUGGUGUCCAGUUCCUACCUUCUCUCAGGACAUUGUAUGCUUUUUGCUAAGAACUAACUAUGAAGAGUAUCCUAAGAAAGCCGGAGCCAAAGACAUUUACCAGAGCACUACGGGGGGAACAAGAGCUUUGCUGAGAAAGAGAGAGGAAGGAAGAAGGAAAAGAAAAUUCCAAACAGCAAACUUAGGUUUUCAAGCUUCCAUGAAGUGUACUAUGUCCUGGCAUUUUUUCUCAGAGCCACCGGAAGCAUUCCUGCCAGCAAAGGUGGUGAGAAGCCACUUGGGAAUACAGAUUAACUGAUUUUUUUUUUACCCCAGUUUCCUUUGUGGAGACCAUAUCAGAGCCUGCAAAGGCCCCGAGAGCCCCCAAGAUGAGUGCCAAUGGCAGCACGGUGGCUCAGCUCCUCUGGCAGCGGCCUGUGUGCAGUGGCUGGAAACCGGAUGUGGAGGGGGCUGUCUACCACCUGGCCAACUGCUUCUUGCUUAUGGGCUUUAUGGCAGGCAGUGGAGUAUACGGAUGCUUCUACCUUUUCGGCAUCCUGGGCCCAGGCUACCUCUGCCUCGUGCUGUGGGGCUGGCUUGAUGCUUGUGGGCUAGACAUCGUCCUUUGGAACGUCCUCCUGACAGUGGCUUGCCUGCUUCAGAUGGCGCACCUGGUAUAUCGCGUUCGGGUGAAUACCCUCCCGGAGGAGUUCGACCUCCUCUACAAGACACUGUGCCUGCCCCUGCAGGUACCCCUGCAGGCCUACAAGGAAAUUGUCCACUGUUGCCAUGAGCAGGUCUUGACACUGGCCACAGAGCAGACCUACGCUGUGGAGGGUGAGACACCCAUCAACCGCCUGUCCCUGCUCCUCUCAGGCCGGGUUCGAGUGAGCCAGGAUGGGCAGUUUCUACACUACAUCUUCCCAUACCAGUUCAUGGACUCUCCUGAAUGGGAAUCCCUGCAGCCUUCUGAGGAGGGGACCUUCCAGGUGACGCUGACCGCUGAGACUGAAUGUAGCUACAUUUCCUGGCCCCGGAAAAAUCUUCACCUUCUUUUGAACCGAGAGCGAUACAUCUCCCGCCUUUUCUCAGCCCUGCUGGGCUAUGACAUCUCCGAGAAACUCUAUACCCUCAAUGACAAGCUGUUUGCCAAGUUUGGGUUACGCUUCGACAUCCGCCUUCCCAGCCUUUACCAUGUCCUGAGUCCCUCAGCCUCUGAUGGGGCACCAGAGUCUGAGAAAGAGGAUGAAGAAACCCUGGAGGCAGCUGUGUCCCCUGCUCAGGCCCGGCCCAUCUGCAUCUUGCCAACACCCUCUUGUUCCCCACCUCCAGCUACCACCAACUUCCCUGUGCCUCUGCCCCGGGCCAGGAUGUCCAGGCCUGACAGCGGCACCCUGGGUGAGGACUCCACCAGCCUGGUGCUGGAGGACUUUGAGGAGGUUUCGGGAUCAGAGUCAUUUAUGGAUUAUAGGAGCGAUGGGGAGUACAUGAGGUGAGGGCAGAACUAACACGGGCACAGACGCCGUCUCCGGAUCCUGUGGUGGAAGAAAGUAUAACCCACAAAGUAGUAAAAAAAAAAAAAAAAAAAAAAAAAACCAGUUACAGGGUGUGAACUGCUUUGGGUUGGACAAGGUUCCUGAACUACGGUGGAUAUUUGUGAUGUAAGGGAAACUUAGGUGAGUUUGAAAGCUUCAGGAAUGGAAUUCCUUGGGUUGAGAUUAACCUACAGUGG